AUGCCGGUGGAGAACGGCCCUAUUAACCCACAAAAUGGUGGUAGCUUCCAGAAUGCCGGAAAUUUUCUGAACAUAGCCGAUUUUCAGAACUGUGGCUUAAAUUUUGGUUCCUUGAGCUUCCUCAUGAAUUCCCUAGCAACAAGAAAAAUAUUUGUUGGGGGAUUACCUUAUGAAACAACUGAUGCUAAGCUCAGAGAGUUUUUUGAACAAUUUGGCCCGAUCGAAGAAGCCGUUGUCAUUACCGACCGUGCAACACAAAAGAGUCGUGGAUACGGAUUUGUUACAAUGGUUUAUUCGGCGGAUGCAGCCAAAGCGAUUUCGGAUCCAAAUCCUUGCAUUGAUGGUCGUAAAGCCAAUGUAAAUUUGGCUAUCCUGGGAGCCAAACCGAGGCAAAUUCCUGGAAUCACAAACGCUGCAAACAUGUUGGCCAUGGCUCAAAUGGAUAUGAAUCUUCUUACGAAUUCAGGUACUUCUUCUCUUAAUCCGGGCCUUGUUGCAAAUACUGGACAAGUAAAUCCCGCGAUACUUCAAACCAUGUUGGGAUUGAAUGGCAUGAACCAGCCGAGACCACUUUUUCCAUCCCAAACUCCUCUGCCGCCUCAAACACCGGUCCCUCCGUUUCCAGCUGACUAUUCAAGAACUCCGAAUCCCUAUCUUGCUCAACCACCCCAGGUUAUGAAUUCUGCUGUUGCUACUACAUUGGCUUCCGCCGUCGCUGCAAACCCCUAUCUUCUUGCUCAACUUUUGUACAAUAAUAAUGCUGCUAGUCUUAACUGGGAUCAACAACAAGCACUCAACACCACAGUCAAUACUCUUACGCCUGUGGGCAAUCUACCACAAAAUUUCGCUGGAGAAGCUGAAGUUCUCGCUCAAGCUGUCAUGAAUCAACAGGUUCAACAUCAGCAAAUGCAUGUGCAACCUCAAUUUCCCGCUCAACUUAUGACGGGAGAUGCUCUGACGAGAGCCCCAAAUGGAAAUGCUCAGCCUUCAUGGCCAUCGAUGUUUCAACAGCAACCUCAACUUUCUCCUCCUAACGGCGUUAAUGGCAACAGAGGAACGCCGGGAUAUGGCAUGGAACAUGGUUCCAUGUACGAAAAUGGAGUGAAUGGUGACAGUAAUGUCGCUAAUAAUAAAUCAGGAAACGCGGCAGGAAUGUCGCUUCGGAGUAAAAUGUGA